CGUUGAGCAAAUGGCGGAUUAAAUGGCAAAACAGUUGCCAUUCAUUUGACUCUUUAGCUAAUUGUGUGCUAAUUGUGUCGACAUUUGGGUGAAUGCAGUGAAGUGUUAUGUGGAUGUGUUUGUCACCACAACACCAUAGAUAUGAUGAGGAAUAAUAUGUCACUUCAGUUGACAGAUCAACCGCACAAUGCGGUGAGUGGGAUCAACCGGAACAGCCCUUCGCGCACAAGUAUCCGAAUAUCGCCGCCAAUUGCACCCAACAAUGAGACCAAAACCAAUGUGAGGACCAAUUCAUCAAAUGUCAUGAGAAGUGAUUCAGAGCCGCACUCUUUGCUCGUCAACCAGAUGUCUGGUAUCCAUCCAAACAACGUGUUGAUGAAGAAUGGCAAUGAUGUGGUCAAUGAUAUGUAUUCGCAUCCAUAUUAUGAUUCAAAUAAUUAUAUGUCUCAUACCAACAAAUACGGUAUAAGUGUUGGUCAGACAGCUAUGAUUGGGACCAAUGGUGUGAGCAAUGGUGCAGUUGUUGUUGCAAACGGCAUGAAUUGUGUUAACUUAAACCCAAACACUAUUAACCACUCGAGGGCUUCCCUCGAAGACCAUGGCGUAGAUGUGGGACGAGUCAGUCCCAGCACUAGUAGUAAUGACAGCAGAAAAUCGAGAUAUAGUUCUGCGAGUCUGGACAGUGGCCGCGGAAGUGAUACUAAAACUACUGGCCAAUCGCAUCGAGUGUCUGUUCACAGCUGCGAGUCAUUGGGCUCUCAAUCCAGUAAUAAAGACAACUAUAACCGCAACUCGUCUUCGUCUUCAAGUAUCGGCAGUGGAAAUAGUGUGACAACUGAUGCCGACAUUACUAUUACUGGCGAUCACACCUGGACUUCACUGUAA